AUGGCCUUUGGAGAAAAACGGCCGUGCAGGGUCCAAUGGAUCUAUGGACAAGUACAAAGUACUGCUGCGCAAUCUCUACCGCACCGACUUUCAAGCUCUAAACAUCCGUUGACCGAAUUCGGCCCGGUCCGAGCAUCUCCGAGAGAGCUACGCACAAGCCUCCAGCAUCCGGAUAUUCGUGAGAGCCCGAGGGCUCGGCUCCUCGCUCACGCCCCUCCGCGCGGCAUGGGAUCUCUCUCCAUCGUCCACAGCUCAGACGGCCAAAACUACGACAGGAUAGACGGAGACGAGGCCAGCAUGUCUGGCAUUCCUAGGAUUGCGGGCGCGGGCGAUGGCGAUGGAGGCAGCAUCAUUCCGGAUAUCACAGCUGGCCAGAAGAUGGUGUCGGCCAUGUCGGGCAGUCUCUUGACUUCAUUGCUGGUAACUCCACUAGACGUCGUUCGUGUGCGCUUACAAUCGCAACCGACUUCCGCUACCGCCGCUCCGGUUGUGGACUUUUCGAGACUCAUGCGAACAACCGCCAACCUCACCCCCGUGCAGACUGCCGAACUGGGCGUCACAGCGUGCUGCCGCGAAGUGUUCUUCGCAGAGAGCGCCAUAGACUACUGCCUCGCCGCGCCGAGAAUCGAGGGCAUCGCAAUAUCCGGCGGAAGUGGCGCCGCCGCUGACUGCGCAGUGCAAGAAGUCCAAAAGAAGACAUAUCACUCAACCAUCGAUGGUCUGCGAAAGAUUGCCCGCAAUGAAGGAUUCACGACGUUAUGGAGAGGCCUCUCACCUACCCUCGCCAUGACAAUUCCCGCCAAUAUCAUUUACUUCACCGGAUACGAUUGGCUGCGAUUCAGCGCCAUGAGCCCAUUUUCAAAACUCUCUACAGAUUAUGCGCCCCUCGCCGCUGGCUCUUUCGCUCGAAUUCUCGCAGCAACUGCCGUUGGCCCUAUCGAGCUCGUCCGCACCCGUAUGCAGGCUGCGUCUGGCGCUUCUACCACAAACCACCUGGUUGAAGCUUUCAGCGGGAUUCGCUCCAUGGUUGCCUCUCAAGGGUACACCUCAUUAUGGCGAGGCCUGACAUUGACUCUGUGGAGAGAUGUGCCCUUUUCUGGCCUCUACUGGUGGGGAUAUGAGUCUAUCCGAUCUAGGAUUUCCGAUAUUCGCGAAGAACGACAGGGCAGGACAAUGAGCCGCGACACAAUUGAUGGGCUCAGCCGCACAACCGCCCGGCGUCGAUCUCAGAGCCGAGAGAGCCAUACGGAAACUUUUCUUGACAGUUUCGCCGCUGGCGCUACCUCGGGCGCUAUUGCAUCCAUCAUGACCAUGCCGUUUGACGUGGGCAAAACGCGCACCCAAGUCUACAAGCACAGUUCGCGCCGUGCAGCCGGAAGCGCACUGGCACCCGAGCAGCAGAACAUGGGGCGACUACUAUUACACAUUUUCCAGACGGAGGGCAUCUCUGGCCUAUGGCGAGGUUGGAUCCCCCGCACACUGAAGGUGGCACCGGCUUGUGCCAUUAUGAUCAGUAGCUACGAAGUCGGCAAGCGGGCGUUUCGAAGUGUCAAUGAACGCUCUAUGAGCGAGAGCUUGGCUGGCGAGGACUGAAAGAAAAGAUGCGGCGAUGACAAUAAAAUAACAUAAUCGGUCUUGGGUUUUAAAAAUGAAUGAAAUCUUUCCAAAGUUUCAUCAAAGUUUUGGCGUUGAGCUUUAUAUGGCGUUUGAUAUAAAGAGCUGCUAUGAAAGAGCACGUCUUGCGAGGUUUUUUGAUUUUUGAGGAAAAAGAAGAUAAAAAUUACUUUUUCCAAGCUGGCUUUGGCGACACUCCUAUCAUAUGUUGGACGGAUGAAUCGAAUUGUUUAGAAUAAAACUACAUGUGUACGAUAGAUGUAGCGGAAAAGAUGUCUGUAACAUUAAUGUGAUUUCCAAUGCGUUUUCAA